UGUGAAGGGGUUUUUCCAAUCACGUGUAACUUGGGCCCUAUCUUAUAAGCAUGUGUGAGUAAAGCUACACCGUCCACGCGGUUAUCAAAGUAGUUCGGGUCCCACUUCUAAAUCAGUUGCGGGAAAAGGUACACCGUCCACGUGGCGAAAAUGAAUAGAACUCAAAGAGACGAUUUAACGGAAAGAUCACUCCGUCAUCUUUUCCACCACCGUGUUCUAAACAAUUAAACACACACAUGGCGAGUCUCAGUAUCUCAUCGUCCCGGAUCGUCUCCCUCCACCACCAGAAACCGUUUCUGUCGCUUAAACUUCUCCGGCCUAGUUCGUCAGGUGUCGCCGGUAUAUCGCACCGUACGAGUGCUGUUUGCUUCAAUCCGCUAAGAGCAUCGUUAGAUCGUCAGCGAACCGCUACUGUGUUGUCUACGAAGCAGCGAAAGAGAGGAUCGAGUGUGGUGUGUUAUGCUUCUCCCAUGUCUGUUCACAAUCUACAGUGGAUCUCAACAAUCUCUUGCGUUGCAUUGAUGGUUGCAAGGGGUACAGGUAUCCACAAGUCCUUUGUUGUUCCCCUACUUGCUCUAACCGCACCAUCUGGCCUUAUCUCCUGGGCUAAGGGUGAAUAUGGCAUUUGGACAGCAUUCGUGGCACUUCUUGCUCGACUUUUCUUCGCUUUUCCAGGUGAACUUGAACUGCCAUUCAUUGCAUUACUCUUGGCGAUUGUGGCGCCAUAUCAAGUUAUGAGCAUAAGAGGGAAGCAAGAAGGGGCUUUCAUUUCUUUGGCAAUAUCUUGUUUUUUGGCGUUUCAGCAUUUCUCACGAGCAGGCAGCUUGCAGAAGGCGUUUGAUCAGGGCUCAGUUGUCGCCACUUUAGGCAUCAUUGGUGUCACAGUUGUAUCAAUCCUUUUCUUGAUAUAAUUAUUCUCGUGUGACCAAAGAACCCUCAUCUGUAAAUCACUGUAACGAUGUCUAUGAAUAGACAAGAAAUAAUGUGAUGUGUUUAUUUACUCAAAGUUAACGUACUCAUGUUUAUCCCCUGUGCAACGGAUGCUUGUGUUUAAUCGCAAAUGAUUCUGUUAUGAACUGGUUUGGGAUUGAAAACUUCCACUCAAAAAUUCAUGAAUAAAGAAACUGGAAGGCACUGUUGAGGAUAUUGUGAUGCAACCAACUGUUUUGAAAAGCUGCAGGUAUUGUGGAGCUUGUCUCUUCAUCGCCGGUGUGUCUACCCGUUUUGGAAUGCUUGUAGGUAUGUAAUUACUUGAUGUAACAAUUUCAUUUUAAACGUUGUAUAUAUUUCCCUUAUGUUGUCUGUUUGCUUAACCGCUCCCUAAGUGUUUUUAUUCUCUAUUACUGUAAAAGAGAUACAUGAUGCUUAACGUGUCUACAAGAAUGUAUAUAACCUAAGCCCUUUGAUUUUGUAAUAUCUCCUAUUAAAUAAAUAUACUUCCCAUUAUGAACUAUAGCAAGAGAACAGAUGAUGUGUGUAAGGUCUUGGAUUAAAAUCUUCUUGCUGAUCACGGCUGCUUUCUUUAACUCCAUACUAUCGUGAUGGUGUAUACCUAGAAAACGAGCCUUGUAAUUUACAGAGAACGAUUGAAAUCCUGAAACCGUUUGUCCGUUUAGAGAUAAUUUAGCCUGAGCAGUGGCACUAGUAUCCCAACCACUGUAAGCAUUGAGAGGAACCUAUGUGACACAUGAGUUGCUGAACUCGGAAGCCCCGUUGGCUCUGCCACGCCGAAGGGUGGUCCAGAACCAGGUAUGCCUGUGGUUGGAGUUGUUAUUGGGGGUGGAAAUGUCGAAGUAGAAGGUGGUGAAUUAAAAUCUGGUGGACUUGGUUGACUUGGCGGGCUUGUGCUGCAUUUGGCAAAUAGAAGUCACUGUUAUUUUUCUCAUGUUGUUUGGCAGGGUAAGACAUUAAUUUACCGGAAAAAGAAGAUACCUGACUGUUCCUGAUGAUGAUGGGAAGCGACAGCUUCCUUUACCUGGAGCAGCGUAAGGGUAGAUUUGAAUACCACAUUCGAAUUUAUAUUUAGCGUAUACAGGUGAAAACUCUAGUUGUUGAACUCUUUCACACAUUAGAAUCAUAUGGUAAUGGUUGGGAUAGUAUUCUUAGUUUCAUGAACUUAAUCUAGACAGUAGACACUCAACACAAGUUGUAGUCUUGUAGAGGUCUCAAAUAGCUUAAUACAUGGAGGCAGCAAAGAAAGAAGCAGCAUAUAUGGAUGCUCGUAUUCAGGUG